UGACUGCACAUCACAAACCACACUACUUCUCAUCCUGGCGUCCUGGCCUUAACAGCCACUCGGGGAGCGCGGAAUUCAUCGACCUGGCAUAAGACACAUCGACUGGCACUCACCACCACACCUCGCUGUCAUCGGUCGGCACAUAUUCACGCAAAGUCUCACCGAGGACUGACCUAGUAUAGUAUUUCACUUUGAAUCGUACUCCGCUACGUUGGGGCCACGCCUAACGAAGGAGGGCUAUCCCUACUGCCACUUCAUCAUCAUUACUACCUGGCCGGCAGCCCCGCGCAUCCCGCCGUGGCUAGGCUAGGCUGCAAACAUGUCGGCGCAUUCAGCCCUUGAAGAGCCCGGCUCGCAACAGCACCUCGCUACGAACACUCGAGAAGUAACCUUGGUCACGUCGCGUAACGCGCUGGUACCGCAAGCGACGUCUUCUCUACCUUUUCCAUCGCCGGCUGCCGAGCGUGGCGAUGUUACUCUACGAGAAUCGGCCUCUGGAACGGCCGCCAUUGUUGAUGCCCAACCAACUGCCCUAGUUGCGGAUUCUUUGGACUCCGAGCACCUGGAAUCUCACCCUGGGGUUCUCGAUGGCCGGAUGCGGCCAGCCGCGGGUCAAUCUGUGGAUGUUUCAUGCCCGUCACCAGGUACGGCAGCCUCGUCGGGGGUGUCUCAAUCCGCGCUAGAUGCGUCAUCUACCCAAGAACCGCAUGGAGACGAAAUGGUGGAUGUCAUGGUGACGAGGCCGUCUUUGCUGAGCUGGGGGUGGGACUCGCUCAGUCUAGACGGCCUGCCGAAUGAGGUCUUGAUGCAUAUACUCACCUUCCUAGAUGUGAGUGAUCUGCUAGCUACUUCAAGGAUUAACCAUCACUUUAGAACUCUGUGCCUACACCCUAUCUUGCACACCCUGCGCCUCCGGCGCGCUCGUGUGUCCCUACCACCCCUCCUCACGUCACCUUCACGGCCUACCCUCGCAGAGCUAAUCGCACGUCAUAUCUUCCUGACCCAUACGACGCAAAUCUCACGGCGUCUCGCUCGAAAUCUGGUUGCGAUUCGGCUUUCUCGGCGCCUGCCACUACGUCCAUCUGCCGAGUCGCUCGUUCAGCGCGGAGUGCUUCCACCCGAGAUUGUUGAGGGGAACGUAGCCCCGGGUCUUGUCGCUAAAAAGCGUGCCGUCGAAAAGGAGAGACUUAAGGACGGCCUCCGGCGCUGGGUUGGUGCCGUCUGGCGUGGAGAGGUUAGGGAAAGGAGCGAGGGCGUUAAGAAAUGGGAAGAGCGUGCCGGGGUUGGGAGGGUUUGGCGGUUGAGGAGGUUCUGGGAACGCGUGGGGAAGGAUAGCGAUGACGCACCGGGUGUGCUGUGAUGGAUCUGAUUCGUUUGAAGAGGAUAACAUUUCCUAUUCAUCGCCACCCAUUGCGGUGGCUCAAUAUUCGGCUUUGCUCCGCGGAGUAUUCCAAGUUUGGAUGCAUGGAUGAUAUAUGACUGACGAAGGCUGACAAGAAUUUGCUUAUGAGAACCUUUUCACAUAUGAAGAACUAAGCUCUGCUAGAUACGCAGAAGGGUAACGUAUUUUGACGGCGGUUGAUUUCAAAUGAUUUAACCUGACGACUAGGCGUUCGGGGAUAUCCUCUCAGUUUUGAAUUUCUGUCUCUGGGAAUUAUACUCUCCCUUAACAGUACAUUAUGUAUAUC